AUGCUCACGCCAUUGCCUCGAGAUUAUACUCCGCACUCACUCACGCUGCCAUUGCCUCCCGCACUGGGUGGGCAGGAGGACGCGGUGCUGCUGCGCCACGCGCUGCAGUGCGGCACGAAGCAGUGGGGCGAGCUGGGGAGGAGCGGUCAGCUCAAGAGGAACAACAAGUUGUGCUAUAACCGUUACAUCUUCCUCCGGAGGAAGUUCACAGACCGCUUUCGCCAAAACUUCCUGCAAAAGCACCUGGGAGCUGCUGCACAACCCCAUAAUAUUACGUUCAACCGACACAGUCAGCCAGUGCUCUGCCAGGAUGCUCCUCCUGCUGUUUCCCAAGGCGCCACCUUCUCUGCUGUGGCUGAUUGUACCUACGAGUUUCCCUUCGCCCAGGAUGCUUUUCCCGUUGCUGCUUCCUCCAACACCGCUGCUCUGUGUCGGGCAGUGAAGCGACCAAGAGACGAUUGCCCUGAGGUGGGGGCACAAAAACCGCUGCUGGGACGCGACAGCCAGUUGCUGCAAGGUGGGGUGGUGCAAGCGGGACGGUGGGAGGAGGGAUGGUGCAAGGUGGGAUGGUGUGUGGGACGGAAAGCCGGCAUCAGUCAGUGGCAGAGCAGUUCCAGCAGCAGGGGGAGAGCAGGCGCGAGCAGCCUUCCAGUGAAGCGAGCAAGAGAGGACUGCCCCGGGCAUGAGGUAGACGAAGCGGGGCUAGUUGUAGGUGGAGGUGAGAGCGGGGUGGUGCGCAGUAGGAAGCGGCAUGCUGAGUCAGUGGCAGAGCAGUUCCAGCAGCAGGGGGCGAGCAGGCGCGUGCGGGACGAGGAAGCAGCCCUUCUGGAUGCUUUGCUGCAGAAGGAGCAUCGCCAGCUGGAGUGGGAGAGCGCCCUCCCAAAUGAUGUGCUGCUGGGGGUCAGCAGUCUCGAUGCUGUGGGUUUCAGCAGCCUCGAUGCGGUGGGGUUCACCACACCGUGUGCACCAGAACCAGCGCCGCUGCCCACCCCACUCGCUGCUGCACUGGCUGCUUCAGUUCCUGUGCGGAUGGGCAGCAGCACUGGAGGGACUCUCGUUGUGAGUAGUUGCACCCAACUAGAGCUGGACACGUGCAGCGUGGCGCAUGAUGAUGUUGCUCUUACUUCCGACAUGCCCAUGGAUCCCCUGUUGCUGUCUGGACACGCCCCCACCGUCCCCCUAUUAACACACGGGCAGCUCGUCCGUGUGCCCUGGGCGAGUGGGUCCCAGGGACGGCUGCUGGCAGGCACAGGUGGUGGUGGGGCAGGUCUGGAAGAGUGGGCGUUGGAGCAGAGGGGGAGCAGGGAGGGAGGUGCUCAAGCAAACGGGGAUCAUCGGCAGCUACAGCCCUUGCCACAGCCUCUGCCACAUCCUCUGCCACAGCCUUUGCCACAGCCUCUGCCACAGCCCCUGCCACAGCCCCUGUCACAUCCACUGAAUAUCCACUGA